GUCAUAUUCAAGGCCACUGUUGGAUCGAUUCCGUUUAAUUCCUACAUCGGUAUAGACAAUUUGGAAGUCUACGAUGGAGAGUGCCAAUCGACACCGCUUCCAACUCAAUGGUCAACCUUAUCAGAAUUAAAUUGUGAUUUUGAGUCAAAUUCUGAUCUUUGUGGGUUUACAUCGAUGGAAAGAUCCAUAUGGAGACAUAGGGAAGCUGAAUCAUAUUAUUUUUUUUAUCAUUAUUAUUAUUAUUCCAGUUAUCAUCUACCGAAUGAGGAUUACACUUUGGAUUCAGAAAGUGGUCACUACAUAUAUUCCGAAUAUGACAAAGCUGUGCUGUAUUCACCAUUAUUGACGUCAUCAGGUUCUGAAACUUGUUUUUCUUUCUGGUAUUACCUUCACCCUAGAAGUACCGGAGAAUUACUGAUAUACCUACAAUCUUUAAACGGACACGUUGGAGACCCUCUAGCAGUGACCUCCUCACUUGGACAUGGUGACGGACAAUGGCAGUUACAACAAGUUUCCCUUCGUGCAACCGUACCAGCUACAUUUUACAUUGUAUUAAUUUUUAGAAGAAAUUAUUCUAGUGGAGUUGGAAUUGAUGAUUUUCUCUACAAACAAUCUCCUUGUAGCUGGUGGCAAUUACAAGCGACUACUGGUAAUUGUAACUUUGAGCAAUCUUUGGAUGAGUGUGGUUACAUUCAAGGAGGAACCCAUGAAGAUGAUUUUGAUUGGAACUUUGCAAGGCCAAUUACAAUGGCUGAUGCAACAGGGCCGAAUGCUGAUCAUUCCUUCGGGAAUUCAUCAGGUCAUUACAUGUAUAUUCAGUCAUCUUUUCCGGUUGCCGGGAAUACAGCUAAACUUUUCACACCAAAGCUUACAUCAACGAAAAACCCAAGAUGUCUGACAUUUUGGUAUUAUAUUGAUCAUGAUGUCGGUAAAUUGGAGGUGUAUCUGGAAAUAUUAGAUGUUGUUGAUAAGAUCUGGUACAGUAAAACAACUACGGAAAACCAAUGGAAAUUAGCCAAAUUGGACAUCGUACCAAUAAGCUCCGACUUUACAAUACUGUUUCAAGGGACAGUUGGAGAAAGUUAUUACAGAGGUGCCAUCGCCAUUGAUGACAUUAUGCUUGAUGACUGUGAAUCUGUUGUCAAUCAUAUUGCAAAAUUUUCAUGCAAUUUCGAGAAUGACAUUGCUGGGUGUGGUCUGUUCCAGAGAUAUGACGACGACCUAGAUUGGCUUUAUUUCAAUAACUAUGGUGUUCAUGGACUAUCGGAUUCUUCUACCUACAUGUAUGUUGAAGGUGGUGAAGAAGACAAAGCAUGUAUUCAAACACCACCCAUUAACUACAAUGGAAGUAUCAGCGUCGGUUUUAGCGUUCAUAUGAACUUCGACCCACAGCUAAACUUGCGGGUUUUUAUUCAAGAAGGAUGGAAUCACGAUAAAAAGAAACUGAUUUGGGGAAAAAAUGGAACUACACAAGGAUGGGAACAGAUUAACCUAAUGGAAGUGAACCCGUCAAUGACAAUGUUUGCGAUCUUAUUUGAAGCAGUACUUGGACCAUCAAGUUUAGGAGUAAUUGCUGUUGAUGACAUCAACAUAUAUCCGGAUAACACAUCAUUGAACGAUGACAGAAAAUCGAAUGCCAUCAUUAUUACCGCAACAGUGGUGCCUUUGGUUGUCAUUUUUGCAAUUGCCAUAAUUUUAGUCACAUUCAAAAAGCCAUGGAUGAACAAGCCAAAAGAUGGUCCAAGAACUACGUCCACAAGGAAUUUCGACUCUGAUGUUUACGCAAAUUAUGAGGUAGAUGUAUAUGAGACUGUAAAAGCUUAAGAAGCAAAUUGUACCAUUUAUUAAGUGUUUAACUAUAUAGGUCUAAAUAUUAUCUUCAAAACAUGUGAAAAUAGACAUUAAGUAGACAAUAGCUAAUAAAUGGUAGCAUGGGCGUCGAUCGGUGGGGACUUUUCAAAGUAGGGGACAUCAUAUCGUUUGCCCCCCCCCCCCACUUUUCACCAAUCAUCUUUAAAUAAAAUCCCACUUUUAAAA